GGAGCCGGAAGUGAGUGCGUCAGGCGGAAGUGCUCCUAUCGAGAGGUCCGGCGGCCGGGGGCCCUCAGUUGAUCCUCGGAACUUCGAGAAUCCGAGGUUGGUGCCAUCGGAGAACGGUCGAGUUCCCGCAGCCAGGUUACCAAAUACAAUAUACCGCGUGUGGGUUCAUUGUUCUACAUAGAGAUUAAAAUGGCUUCCAGAGGAAAGAUGGAGACAAGCAAAUUGAAGCAGAAUUUAGAAGAACAGCUGGAUAGACUCAUGCAGCAGUUACAAGACCUGGAGGAAUGCAGAGACGAACUUGAUACAGAUGAAUAUGAAGAGACCAAAAAGGAAACUCUGGAGCAGCUGAGUGAAUUUAAUGAUUCUCUGAAGAAAAUUAUGUCUGGAAACAUGACGUUGGUGGAUGAGCUAAGUGGAAUGCAGCUGGCUAUUCAGGCGGCCAUCAGCCAGGCCUUCAAAACCCCAGAGGUCAUCAGAUUGUUUGCAAAGAAGCAACCCGGUCAGCUUCGGACAAGGUUAGCAGAGAUGGACAGAGACCUGAUGGUGGGCAAGCUGGAGAGAGACCUGUACACCCAGCAGAAGGUGGAGAUCCUCACGGCGCUCCGGAAGCUUGGAGAGAAGGUGCUGUCCUCAGCCAGUUUGAGAAAGUCUCCUCGGACCUCGGCUCUGGAGACAAAGUCCUCGCUCUGGCAAGUUGUGAGGUUGAAAAAGCCAAAAAAUGACAGAAUUUGGCAGCUGGUGGUAUCAGUUACGUUCUUACUAUAGAUGGUGGUUUUCUUCUGAGGAUUUUGAGUCAUUGCAAAGAAACAGAUUCUCAACAUGCAUUUAAAUUCUAAGGACGGGUGACAGGAUACUCGGCAGCUUCCUCCGCUGGUCCGCCUCGCCGCGGUGGGAUGGAGGGACUCGCGGGGCUUCACUCCUCCCCAUCUGUCUGUGUGCCAGAGAAUACAUAAAAUGACUUCUCUGUUUAUGAAGACUCCUUGAUUCUGAGUGCUGGUAGUGAAAGAAAAAAUGUGCGGGAGGGUCCUUUGUCCUUCACUUUUCUCCCUCCCAGUGUGAAGGAGCCGCAGCAUCACCAGACCACAGAGUUCCUAGAUUUUAGGGCUCUGAGCGAUCUGAGAAAUCACUUUCACUUUACAAAACGGAAACUGACACUCGGAGCAGGUGAGGCUCGCGAAUGUGGUGCCCGCCUAGCAUGCUCAAGGCGCCGGGUGUGAUUUCCAGAGCAGCAAAAAAGAAAUUUAAAAGAAGAAGAAGAAAGAGUGAAUGAGUGAUUUGCUUACAGUCACAGUAGAGAAGGAGCUAGGAUAAGAGUCGGGGGUGUGGGUUCAAUUUUAAUUCAACAUUCUGUAAUGCUUCAAAAAAUAAUUAACUUGUAGUCGUGCACGUCAGCGUCUGUGAGCAUUCAGUGUCCGGCCCAACGCUGCCUGGGCUCCGAGGCGCGUCUGCCUGGGGGCGGCAUGAACUGGGGGCCAUUGUGUCCCGGGAUCUCUGCCUGGAACCACGGCGCCCCGUUGGGUCCCAACACCUAACCCGCGCACUUUCACUAGGGCAGCCAUAGGAAGUGGUAGCCAGAGGCCUCCCUGGGCCCGACCUCCUGCCAGGCUGAGUGGGAACAGUGCUCUGCUAUUAACGCCGCAGUUUCGGGGAACACAAAACGAGUUCUGAGGAAAGCAGGUUUCUCUCGAGGUGUCCCCACCUCCCUGCCUGGUUAAGGGCACAGACGCAUCCUGCGCAUGCGCACCGGCUGGUUUCCCAGGCACUGGCCGUUCUGUAUUCGGUCUGUUUCUGUGUAUUACUUUUCUUUUGCGCUUUAUACAAGUUGCCACAUUUGUAAUGCUUCUCAUAUACUCUAAAUUCUACUAGGUGCUUUGCCAACAAAUUAGAGGACCUCAGCUACAUUAAUGCCUUAUUGAGAACUUUUAACAUUUUGUUGUUUUCUUUUUGGAGAGCCUUACUGUGUUGCCCGCAUUGGCCUCAGACUCCUGAGCUCAAGUGAUCCUCCUGCCUCACCCUUCUCAGUGGCUGGAAC